AUGGCAAAGGCCAAAGGACAAGCGGCAAGUAAGUCAGGAGAGGUUGUCACGAUAUUUGUAGGUCAAGCUGGAACCCAGAUGGCAAAUGCAUGCUGGGAACUUUUUUGCUUGGAACAUGGAAUCAAGUCGGAUGGAUAUCUUUACGACGGUUUCAAAGUAGUCGAUAAGUCGUUUCAGAAAUUCUUCGCUCCGUCUCAAGCUAGCAAAAUGGUACCUCGCACAGUGAUUGUAGAUCUUGAGCCAACAGUGAUCGACGAAAUCCGAACCGGUGCCUACAGAGAUCUAUUUGAUCCAUCGUCAUUGAUAUCUGGCAAGGAAGACGCAGCUAAUUGUUACGCUAGAGGCUAUUAUUCGGUGGGACCUGAGGCAAUAGAUCUCGUCCUCGAUCGCGUUCGAAAAGUAUCAGAAGGAUGUCCGAAAUUGUCCGGAUUCAUCGUUUUCAGAUCUUUCGGCGGUGGUACAGGAAGCGGCUUCACCGCUCUACUCCUCGAAAGCCUGUCCGCUGAUUACAGCAAGAAGUCAAAAUUGGACCUUGCGAUUUAUCCGGCACCCCACAUUUCCACAGCAGUCGUCGAGCCCUACAAUUCCGUACUGACAACGCACGGCACCCUAGAUUUUGAAGACUGUUGCUUCAUCGCGGACAACGAAGCUCUGUACGAAAUAUGCGACAGGAAUCUCAACGUGCCACGACCGACUUAUACAAAUCUGAACCGGCUGUUGGCCCAAGUGGUUUCAAGCAUUACGGCAUCCUUGAGAUUUGAAGGGGCGAUAAACGUCAGCCUUGAAGAAUUCCAGACGAACCUGGUUCCCUAUCCUCGAAUUCACUUCCCGCUGGUUACCUACUCGCCUAUUACAAAUUGCUGCAAGGCCGUCUUCGAGGAGUCGAGUGUCGCGCAAAUAACGAACGAGUGUUUCGAGCCAUCGAAUCAGCUGGUCAAGUGCGAUCCCCGUAAAGGGGCCUACUUGAGCUGCUGUCUGCUUUACAGAGGGGACGUCAGCCCGACGGACGUGAACCGGGCGAUAUCGUCGCUGAAGCAGCACAAGUCGAUAAAGUUCGUCGAUUGGUGCCCAACAGGAUUCAAGCUGGGCAUCAAUUAUCAGCCGCCGUUUACGGUCCCGGGUGGCGAUUUGUCGAAGACGUCCCGUUCCCUCGUCAUGGUGAGCAACAACACGGCCGUAAGACACGCCUGGGCCCGAAUCGGCAACAAGUAUGAUCUGAUGUUCAAGAAGAGGGCAUUCGUUCAUCACUACAUCGGCGAAGGGAUGGAAGAGGAGGAGUUCCAGGAUGCUCGUGACGACAUAGCUGCUCUGAUUGAAGAUUACAAAGAAAUAAACAUGUGACGGAUUGCUUGUUGUGGAAGAGUUUUCUAGGACGUUCAGGAGAAAUUGACCAUCGGGGAAUUUACCUCGGGCUUAUCGAAUCGGAUAUGAUUAUGAUAAUUCUUGGAUGCAGGAGAGUCUCUGAGCUCUUUGUGAUUGAGUUGAUUGCGCGCUGAUUUCGGUGAUCGAUUAAACCGAUUUCAAUUAGCCCGUUAAUUAACUUUUACGUCAACACCUGAUGACGAUUAUAUAUGUAAAUGUGCUUGCGGGACUUCACCUUCCAAGUAUUACACGUGCGCCGAUAUUGUGUUUGGAAAUUGCCUCGAUCGCAACGGAUUUAUUAGCGCGAAUCUGCACGAAUUGAUUCUUCGACGAGUAGCGUUGAAUGGGGACUUUAAUUGGGUUGUAGUUAUUUUCAGAAAAACUUGAUGUCUCGAACAACGGAGGAACAUCAAUUACGCACAUAAAGAACCGAGGCUUAGGCUUGUAACCGAAACUCCUUAAUUGAAUUAAUUUAUGAUCAUGUAAUCGACUGUUUACCGGGAGAUAAUUAGAACUAAUUACUGUUAGAAGUAUUAUUACACAAAUAUGCAUAUACGUACAUCGUUAGACCUCCCACGACUUUUUGCUUGCACAUGCACGAAUGAAAUCUGGCAAAAGUAACAAUAAACAAAUUUCAAAAUCAUAUUUACGGUAAAUUUAUAAUUUCAACGACAAUACCGUGCGACAUUGUAGCUACGUAAAUAUUGUCGUAGAUUGAUUUCGGGUACAUCGCAUAAAACACAUACAUACGCUAAAUGUAGUGUAAACAAAAAUAACCGGCGGGAGAUGAUAUUAUGCUCGAGCUGAUAAUUUGAUUUGCUGGAUCGAAGAAAAUCCGCUAUCAUAUUAUAAUCU